AUGGCGCCCAGAAGCAUCCUUCAGUCCGCUGGGCUUCUCGCCCUGGCCUCCGGCGCAUUUGCCGUACCAUUUGUCUCCAAGGCUCAGACUACCGUCUACUCGGAGCCGACGGUUACCGCUUCGCAGGUCCCUCACACCAAUGUGACCUCCCACGGUCCCUACACCGGCCCCCCGCCGUCUACAACGGGCGCCAUCUCUACCAAAAUACUGGCCUCCGAGGUGCCCAUCUUGCCUCCUCCGGAUGAUGCAUACGAUUACCCGGCCGAUGGCAAGCUCCACGGCGACCAGCCCGCCCCUUACACCCCGUCUGGCGGUAUCGGCACCAACGGCUCCGCCCCCGUCUACCGCGUUCAGAGCGAUUUCGACUAUCAGUCUCUCGCUCUGGGUCUUUACCAGGAGUAUAUAGAGCUUGACCUCUUCCACUGGGGUCUGGCUACCUACUCCGAUGCAGACUUCGAGGAGCUCGGCCUGAACGCCGAGGACCGCUUCCUGCUCCAGCAUAUGGCCGACCAGGAAAUUGGCCACGCCACUGUCAUCACCAACAUGCUUGGCCCUCAGGCUCCGCAGCAGUGCACUUACAACUACCCCGUCUCCAACCUUCGCGAGUACAUCGAUUUCAAUCAGAAGCUUACUCGCUGGGGUGAGGCUGGUGUCUACGGCUUCCUUCCUCACUUGAACUCUGGCCCUGCCGCCCAGCUUCUUCUGCAGAGCAUCACGAUCGAGGCUCGUCAGCAGAUGAUCUUCCGCCAGUUUGAGGGUCUCUUCCCCAUGCCCGAGUGGCACACCGUCGGCAUUCCCCAGUCCUGGGCUUGGACACUCCUCGCGCCCUACAUCUCUAGCUGCCCGUGGAACCAGACCCGUCUCAUUUGGCAAAACUUCCCUGCUCUGCACAUCCUGAACCAGCCUAACCCGUACCGCAUCAAUGGUGCUGAUGUCUGGAACGAGACCACCGGAGGCUGGGCCAACACUGCCGCGACAACGAACAUCUCCGAAGCCGAGUCUUGCGUCAACGCCGCCGACUCGUCCCAGGAUUGCAAAGCGGCCAUCUCCCACAACCGCACCAUUCCCUUGUCCUACCCUGGACGUCAGGUCUUCUUCCAGUGGGAUGCUCCUGGCCAGGCCGUUGGCCCCAACAACAGUUAUAUCACCGCGACUAACGUCGUCGAGCCCAAGUUCGCCGCCUGGGUUUCACAGCUGAACGUCACCUACUCGCCGUUGAUGAACGUCAGUCUGGACUCUCGCACCGCGUACGCUAUCCAGCCCAACGUUUCCACUUGGGAGCAUGAUCCUGCUAUCAACUCGACCAUGUUUGUAGCCCUCACCGACUCCGACCUUUACGUCACGCCUCACAACCUGACGAUGAUUAACCCUCACGUCGCCGCUCUGGCCAUGUACCAGGCUGGUUAA